ACAUUGACACUUUGUCUCUUCAAAGUUCAAAAUCGGAAUAUGUUUACGAAAUAUGAAUCAUGUAUUUCAUAACUUAUAUCUCUGAAAACAUUACAUAGAACUGCAAAUUCUAACAGAUAGCUGUAUCUAGAACAAGUCUAGACGUGAUCGGCUCAAUGAAAGUGGUUUUAUACCGUCAAAUAUCGGCGGUUUUGUUUCGUUUCAGUGUAGUGGUUCGGAUUCCGCGCAGACAUGCUCGAGUGCCUUAUAAACGGGCGCAGCUUCGGCUGGCGGUUCAGUUCGAUCCAACCAACGAUGUCGGAGGUUGCUAACCAGUGCCCAGUCGAGGAUACCAGCUUGUUCGACAUGGACGCAUGCUAUGAGACUUUUGACAAGGAUGGUGACGGGCAACUAAAUCUGGAUGAGUUCCGCCUGAUCUGCCGCGCGCUGUUCCGAAACGACAAGGGCCAUAUCUACCCACUCUCCGAGGACAGGGCGAGCCACAUCUUCCAGGUGUUUGACAAGAAUGACGACGGGUUCAUAGAUAAAGAAGAGUUUAGCUUCUGCUGGAAUCAUUGGAUCAAAGUGAUAGUCCGUCCAGUGAGCGCGUUCCUGGUGGUGGACGUCCAGAACGACUUCAUCUCCGGGACCCUCAACAUCAGCAAAUGCAACGCGCAACAAGACGGCAGCGAGGUGGUGGAGCCCAUCAACCGGCUGCUGGAGACGGUGCCGUUCGACUGCGUGUUCUACUCGCUGGACUGGCACCCGCCCGACCACGUGUCCUUCAUCGACAACGUGCACAUGCGGGAGCUGCACCCGUCGAGCCCGAUACCAGCGGACAAGGCGCAGGCGUACGACACGGUGGUGUUCGCGGGCCCGCCGCCCAUGAAGCAGCGCCUGUGGCCGCGCCACUGCGUGCAGGACACGUGGGGCGCCGAGCUGCACAAGGACCUGAAGGUGGUGGACAACGCAGUGAAGGUGUACAAGGGAACCAACCCCGAGGUGGACUCGUACUCCGUGUUCUGGGACAACAAGAAACUGACCGACACUAGUCUCAGCACGCAGCUGCGCGCGCGCGGCGCCACCGACAUCUACAUCUGCGGGCUCGCCUACGAUGUGUGCGUCGGAGCGACAAUAGCCGAUGCGUUGGCCAUCGGCUACCGCGCCGUCCUCAUCGACGACGCGAGCCGCGGCGUGGACCUGGCGGACAUCGAGCGCACCAAGCAGACCAUCGUGUCCAACAACGGCGUCAUCGUCGACUCACAUCAGAUACUGGCAAUGGUAGAGGGGCGUGACCGACGGCCGGAACUCGGCUACAAACUUGCUAUGGAACUGAAGAACGCAAUGGAAGACGAACAAUAAAUUAUACUUUGAGGGUAGGUCGGAUAUAAAAUUACUUGCAAAACAUACAUAGCAAUGAUGACCGCAUACCUAACAGCUCGUGCAAUGAGACAAAAUGACAGCAACAACACAUAUACAAAAGCAAAUUCAAAACUUAACUUUUUGAUAACCUCUAGUUGGUAAUGCUGUGUUUGUAAACCUAAAAAAGAUAGGGUUGAAUCUUUCUAUCAAUUUAUGUUUUGAUUGUCGUAGAUCUGCUAUGGUGGUACGCAUCGGACGUGGCUAGUUAUCACUCUAUCGAUAAAGACAUACCUCCAAGCGAUUUGACGUUCCAGUAUGACGUCGCGUAGAAACUAACAGAGAUAUGUUUAGAAUAACUUGCACCUCUUUCAACUUAGACUGCAUCACGCUUCCAUAUUAGAGUAUGAUUUAUAUUCCUUACAAGUUAAGCCCUUGAAUACAAUCUCUCCAGUUGGUAAGUAAUUAUGCAAUCUAAGAUAUAAGCGACCAGACUUGUUAGGAAGAGGAUGAUAAUCCACACCCCUUCCGGUUUCUACACGACAUCGUACCGGAACGCUAAGUCGCUUGGCGGUACGUCUUUGUUUGUAGGAUGGUAACUAGCCACGGCCGAAGCCUGCCACCAGCCAGACCUGCUUCGUCACUUCAUAUGGUGAGAUAUUUUUGGAUUCUUGUCUGACAUGUGACAUCACUUUAGCACGGCUGUUAGGUUUGUGAUAAUCUUAAACAUUAAAAUGCGUAAUUUUAAAGUUUCAAUAGAGUAAAAAUUCGAAUUAAAUAAACUAAAGUAGUGAUUUUAAAUGGCAGGGUAAGCGUCGCCUUGCUGCCUCUAUGAGACGCAAACCUCUGUUAUCAGGGUAAAUAAAAGCCUUAACUCGUUAUAAAAAUGCUUAAUGGUAAUGGAAUGUUAUCCAUUACUAGUGAUGGAAUUAGGAUGCACUGUGUAACUUGAAAUAUACAGUUAAAUCCUUUAUGGUUUAGAAAGUCUAUGGACUCUAUGGCUUAUGGAGUAGGCUAGAGAUCUGGUAUCUAAAAACCCUAUUUCUUGGGUUAUUAUUAUAACUACUCCUAGUAUAGGAUUCUCUUUAAAAGAGGAAAAGGGAUAUGUUCGUGUUAAACAUGACAUUUUUAAGAUAACCCAGUUACUAUAUUUAUUGUUUUAUUAAUUAACUAAUUAUUAUAAAUGCACGUGUACUUAAAUUUAUUGUGUAUAUACAUAGGAAAUGUUAUAUUAUUGGUGAAAGAAUUAUAAUUGGAAAAAAGGAAGGGAUUAAAAAAUAUAUAUAAUGCAAAUGGACCACUCGCCAUAUUGAGUAAAAAUCGAAAAUGGUUGUCAAAAUUUUAAACUUUAAUCGCUAAGGAACACUGGAAAUUUAAGACUUCUUAAUGUGUGUUUGUGAAAUUUAAUAAGUUUCACAAUUAAUUCAUGUAAUUAAAUAAAAAGAUUCAGACUCCCAUAAUUUCUGGGAAAAUAAAAGAUCGCGGUUGGACCAUAGACACAAAUGUAUAAUGUUUUAAAAAAUAUUAUAUCCCUUCCCGGAUCAUCAUUUCCUUCGAUUGAUAAAGUGAAAAACUUAAUGAUAUACCAAUAGGUAUUGUUAUAUUUCGAUGUAUAAGCCUGACCAGAAAGAACCUCACCAUGUUGCGAAAAAAAGAAUUUAAUAAAUUUCUUCAGCCUAUAUUUAUAUAUUUUUUCCAUUAGCAUACUAAGUACUGCUAAAUAAUAUUUGUUACGCCCCCAAACCAGUUUUUUUUUAAUUUCUGUUCAGGCAUAUAUAAUUCCCUGAUAUCAUGUAAACAAAAUGUUAUUAAUAAUCUAAUGUUAUAAAUUAUUAGACGGGAUCUCUACUUUAAAAAAUGCAAUGUUCCUUGACUACUAUCAUAUUUGACAUUAAGUGUGGAUUUUGUCUUACACAACUUUUAUUCUUUUUCGACACUUUGUUUAGGUAGUUCGCGAUUUUGUUACAAAACCUGGUUAUAAUCCUAUUUUAGACGAUCUAUUACUAUUAAAUUAUUAAAGUAUAACUAUUUAUUAAACUAAUUAUCUAUAGCACUAAAGCUUUGAAAGCGAAAAUUGAUCAAAAAAUAUUAUAUGUAUAUUUAGUACUAUAGUCAGAAUAAUCUCGUAGAGAAUGCUAUUGCAAUCUAAAUAAGACAAACUUAAGUGCAUUUCACGGCCAGUUUUAUGUAUAUUUUUAAGUUAGCAAGUAUACGCAUUUGAAAUUGUUUGUUUGCGAGUUUGAGGCAUAGACUAGGUAAAUAAAUAAUGUGUAAAAUAUUCAUUAAGCUCCUAAAAAUAUAAGCAAUGACCUAUACAAAAAUGUAUCCCAAGGACUGACCGGUUAGCACGGAAAUGAAGUUUUCAAAACCUAAAAACUGUCAUAAAACAAGGACUUUUUGAUAAUAGUUCAAAAACUAUAAGUUAUAUAGUAAAUUUGAAAAGAAUCAUUUAUAGGAUUUUUCUAAAAGAAACUGUGUAUAAACUAAAGUUUUGUGUUUGUAGGUUGUAAAAAACUAAAUUUUUCCGUGCAUGAAAAAUGUAAUUCAAGAAAAAUUAUGAAUUACUAAGUCCUUGGAAUACAUUUUUCUAGAUGUCGUUCCAAAUUCUAUAAACUCAUAUGUUUAGUAGCUAUUUUACACGUUGUUUAACUAGUCUCACAAUGUCGCCUGCUUGUCGGUUUGUUGUUUUUACAACUCGACAGUAUGAGUCUCGAAUUCAUUUGUAUCUACUCUCUCUUUCUACAGUAUCGUGUUGGACAAAGAGAGAUAGAGAAGAAUUCGAAACUCAUUCUGUCGAGAGCAACAUCUUUAUAUAAUAUCGACUGUGUUCUCGCUACAAUGCCACCAUAAUUUAAACACCUUCAACAAAAAAGUAAAUAUGCAAUUUCUAGGCAUACAAAAAUAUAUUUAUCUAACUACUAAACUUAACUACGAAAUAAAUCAUCGCUGACAUACUUACCGAUAUAUUAUUAUAAUUAAUAUAAGUGUGUAGUUAAAAUAAGGUUGAGGUUUAUUUGUUAAAAUCCUUAUGCCUUAAUUUUCACUUAACACUACACUGCAAAAAAUGACUUUAGUUAAGGUAAUUUAAAAUGGUAGUUAUAAGUUAUUUAUUUGAAUUAAUUUAUUUCUAGUUUUUAUUAUUUAUUAAUUCAUGUUUGUUCCGUUUCAAUCAAUCGAUUCAAAGUUAAUGAAUUUCAUGUUUUUUUUUAUAAAAAGAGGACUAUAUUAAAAAAAUCUCAUUAAUUCAUGACAUUUUAACAGUUUUAACAAAUUCGUAGUUUUUUAGUAUUUAUUUGAUAAUAAUAAUCAGAGUUAGUACCGUGUCUAAUCGGUACCUUAAUUGUUAAGUGGUAUUUAUUUGGUGCUACUUCUAGAAGUAGGUAUAAUUUUGUUGUCACUCUCUAAUAAUUUGAAAUAAAAAGUGACAAAAUUAACCGCGGUACAGUAUAACAGCUAUAUAUACUCCGAAAAGAGUCCAGACCUUCAGUUGUCCAAUACAGAAUGCUAUGAAAAAAUCAAAUUCUUGUCCAGUGUUUUUAAAUACUUCUCAUCAAAAAAAAUCGAAACAGUCCGCAUAUUCUCUAACGAUGUUCUGUAUAACUCGCAAGUGCGAGUUUCGAAUUCCUGCUAUCUUUCUCAUACUAUAGUAUCGUGUUAAACAGAGAGAGAUAGAGGUGAAUUCGAAACUCGCACUUGCGAGUUAUAAAAAUAUCGUUAGAGAAUAGCCUGGCAGUACUUGCACACUAUUUAAUUUUUUUUGAUGAGAUGUAUAUUUUCCUAAGGUAUAAUUAUCGCAGAUUUGUUCUUUUUGUAAAAAGGUAUAUCUGGUAUAUACCUAUUUAUGUAAUGUUUUGCCAUUAUUAAGGUGGGCUUAAACCAGCCUAUAUUGUAUUAUUUUAGUUUUGUUUUAUGUCUGUGUGUUAGACAAAAAAUGCGCACCUAAUUGUAGACAUUCCUAUUAGAAUAAAUACAUAUCUAUUUAAUUAUAUAGAAGGUUACGGUUAGUGAGAUGUAGCAUGUAAUAUUUAACAAGUAAACAUAUACAUUUUGUAGAUUCCUUCAAUCUUAAUAUUUUGGCGUGUUGGUUUUUCGUAAGACUUACAGCCAGUUUCUUCAUGUAAAUCUAAAGUAACAGUAAACGUAGUAAGUAGUAAAGAAGACUUUAUUUUUCAGUGAAUAAGACCGUCACUUUUGAUUUAUGACGUUACUUUGACUGUUACUUGCGAUGAAGAAACUGACCGCUAGAGGGCUAUACUGUAACGAUUUCGUAUAACUCUCGAGUUUCCAAUUCACUUAUCUCUCUCUGUAUAACAUCUAUAGUAAAAAAGAUAUAGGCGAAUUCGAAACUCGCAGUUGCGAGAUAUAGACAUCUUUACAGAAUAACCACGCUAGGUGGAGUCUAUGGAGAUUUGAGGUUUCUACAAAUUGUCGAGAAUAUUUGUCUUAUUUUUCUUAGAUGUGACGCUAUUGUACUUUAUUUUGUGAUUAAUGAUAAUAAAACAUUACAAAAUGCA